CUGUAGACCGUGGACUAUAACGGAAAUUUAUAUUUUUGACGAUAUAAUUUAGAAAGUAGAACCUUGACGGAAAAUUGGUGUCACUUAGCAAGUUAUAGAAAUCGCUUUUCUUCGAAGACGAACCCACUUGUUACUCAACCAGAUACGAUAAAUACAUGCAACGUUAUCGCAUAAUAUGUAAAGCGUAUGUUAUAAGUUAACUAUGUGUAAAAUGUUCAGGUACAAGAGCAACGACCAUGUAAACGAAGAUUCUGCGAGAUUUAUCGAUCAGGAAGAAAGAUCUAACUUGUACGAUGACUUCGAAUCGAAAGACGUGGUGAAAAGAGGAAUUUCCGGCUCUGAGGACUACGAAGAGAUGGACGACGACGCUCUGGCAGCUGCAGAGGACACUGCAGCCUUAGAAGACAAUGCGUUGGACGAAGAAACUGAUAAAAGAAAGGUGCACGGUGACGUUCGAGUGAAGAGGGACCACGAAAAUUCGAAAGAAACGGACAACGCCGAAGUUGCUGGGAAAGCAGACAAUCCUGCAACGUCUAGCGACCUGUCCAGCGAUCAAAAAACCGCAGAGACGUCCUUAAAGCGAGACGCCGCUACUGACAAGGAUAGCAAGGUAGCCGAGGCUCGAGUAACUAAAGCUGACAAGGAUUCCAACGAUCAAUCGAAAAGGAACGUAGUUGACAAGAACGAGAACGAAGCGUCCAAGAUCAAUUGCGAUCGCGAAACGAAUAAUUCGAAGCAGCCACCGACGUCAAACGACCAAAAACCAACGAUCGAAAGCAGCGAAACUGCGAAAAUCCUGGCGCAAGGAAGCGAAGAGGCUACGGGAGACGCGAAAACGCGGGAAAUUAAUUUGUCCAGUAACAACAAGGCAGCCAACGACUUGGUCGGUGAUGCUCCUGGCAUUAAAGAAACCUCGAAAGCUGAGGAGUCGAAAAUUGCCGACGUAGCCAGCAGUGCAGACGCGGCGAAAGUGGAAGUUGUGGCGAACGCGGUGGAAACAUCGGCUGCGGAUGAUUCUGAGAAAUUAGCGAAUUCAAAGAACGAAGCCGAGACUGCGGAGCAGAUAGACGAAGACUAUCAGAAACGGGUGGAGGAGCAGAUCCAGCGAAAGAUCGAUUCGAUCAAAGAGCAGAUUAAACGAGAGAUCGAGGAGAACCAGCGCCUUAAGGAGAUCGAGGAGAAUAACGCGAGAUUCGACGAAUUGCGCGAGUUGGAAGAAGACGAGGAAGAACAGGCUCCGGAGGCUGCACUGACUGGAGAUGACGCUCCUAAGAGAUCUGUCGCGGAUAGAAAUUCUGGCAAGUCUCGGAUUCGUGAUAACGUGGAGAAGAUAAAGAGGAAAAAGAGACACGACGGCGGUCAGGAAAAGACGCGAGACGCUAGUGACUCGAGUUCGAAUAAAAAAUCUUGGCCGAGAACGGUGAAGAAGCGAUCGAUAAUGCAGUCGGAAACGAUACCAAAGAAACACGCGCGACAGGCGUUUUUGACGAGAACCGAUCGGAAGAAGAAGAGAAAAAGAAGAUCUAAAAAUUCUAUGUUGAUCCCGGAGCAACGUAACGUCAAGCUGGAGGGAAGUCUACCGGCUGAUUACACGUUGGACUCGAACUUACGAGGGGCACUUGCUGAUGCAAAGGUGAAAGAAGGGAAUUCGAGCGUGUCGAAGAUGACGGAAGACGAAAAGGCAGUAGCAGAACAGGGUUCUUUGUUAGAGAAAAGAUCCGAUUCCGUGGCGUCGCUAACGGGUAGUAACGAAGAGAUGGGGCCACUGGCGACGGAAUACGGCGAAGCUUUCGGCGGCUUGAAUGGAGAUCCAGGGAUGGCGUUAGCAAGAUUUAAAAGGAUCAAACGAGUCCUCAGACCUCCAACUUCGAAGACCUAGCGCUAGAUUAAAAAAGGAUACGAAAUUUCACGCCAAUUCGAUCGACGUCGCGUGCAGCGAUGUUAAUCGAAAGAUAUUCGAUGGAAAACAAUAUUAGCAAACGAUAGGUACAUUAAUUAGCUGUAGAGGUUCGUUUAUAGAGUACGCGCAAGUCUAUUUAAGACUUGUCAAGAGCAGAGAAAUUUAGUAAGAAGACUAAGUAUUAAUGGUUGAUAUAGAAACAUUGGUUUUGGUAGUCGGUGCAUAUAAUCAGUCGUUGAUACAGUUUGGUAUUUCGAAUACCUUGGAAUACAAUGCGUUUCUAAUAUUCUUCUCGUACCGUAUCAUAUCAUUUUUUAAAACGGAAGUCACGUCGUGUGACGUACGUUUCGCGUAAUCCUCGACCGAUGAACAAAGUACACGCCCUGUUGCACCUUUGAUCCGACUAAGUAGAACGAGUCGAUGCUGUUCAGACUUCCAUGCGUAAUUCUAUUAAAUAAUAAAGAAAAGCACUUUGAGACGAGCAACGCGCAUCGUAGACGAAAUGUAGCAAUAAAAAUCAAAAUUAGUAUAUCGGAAUUUUAUUGAGAAAAAAGAUAUAUAUGUUUCAAUUACCUGGACGAUCCACGUGGUUGGAUGGCGGCACUAAAGGAAAAGAGAGAAAGAAAGACAGGUGCCUAGGCAAAUACACAGAUAAACAUUCGUAAGACGUUCAAGAUUUAAUAACAAAGAUACGAUUAAACACGAAGAAGACACAUAGAUCGUUAACCCUCUUUUUGUGCGCUUACAUUACGGGGGAGACUUUUUGACUUUUAAACUUUCGGCAAGCGAGUACCGACGUCUCCUACUUGUACCAUCCAUCUCUCCUUAUCACCGUUCUACUUUACAACAAUAUGAAACAAUUAUUUACACAUCGACGGGCAGAAGGACCACGGUGUCGUGUGAGAAAUCUUUCAAUGCGUUUUAUUCUUUUUUCCCUUUUUUUCUGCUUUCUUUUCUUUUUACUUCGUUUCGUUUCGUACGUGCAUCGCGCCGACGUCCGCCGUCUUCAAAAUGCGCAGAGUUUUCUUUCAGCUAGCAACUCGAAAACGUACUGGAAAGUAUCAUCGAGAUCGAAAUUUCACUACGAAUGUUUCUCACUCGCGAGAAGUUCGAUCUCGAUUCGCUCGUUUCGCGUUCUUGGCCGCGUUCGCUCGAUCGAUCGCGAUUAAAUUCACGCGAAUGCUUUUUUGAUAUUUUGGUCUCGUAUUUCGCAGAGAAAUCACUACUGUAGGCUCUGCGAGCUGUUGGAAAAUAGACU